GUUCAAUUGGCGGUACCUGUGAUUGUAGAAAGUAUAAAUAUAUAUAUAUUUUUUUUUAUUGUCAAUAGUUGCUUCUCCUUUUAGAUCUACUUUUUUUUUAAAAAAAAAAUUGAGAGCACAAUAGAAUGGAGGCUCUAUUACAAAAUUCUACUUCCUCAGUAGAAUUGAACUGGCUCGAAGCUAAAUGGGAUGGCAUGUACGAAGGCCGAAACCCUUUGGUUGUCACUGGUAUUUUCGCCUUCUUGAUGCACGAAGUUGUCUAUUUUGGCCGUUUUAUUCCUUUCUUGAUUUGCGACUUUAUCCCAUAUUUUCAAAAGUACAAAUUACAAGAGAACAAAGUAAACUCCAACGAAGAUUAUUGGAACUGUACUAAAAAAGUGCUCUAUGCUCACUUCGUAUUUGAAGGCCCCUUGAUCUUUCUCUUUCAUCCCAUGGCUACCUUAUUAGGUAUGAAAGUUUCUGCACCCUUCCCCGCUUGGCAACAAAUGGCUCCUCAAUUAGCUAUUUUCUUUUUAUUCGAGGACUUUUACCACUAUCACAUGCAUAGAUUCAUGCAUUGGCCACCAUUCUACAAGAAAAUUCACAAGGUUCAUCACGAGUAUGCCGCACCUUUUGGUAUUGCUGCUGAAUACGCUCAUCCUGUUGAAACCAUGAUUUUAGGCUUUGGUACCAUUUGUGGACCUUUGAUCUACCACGCCUUUUCUUCCUUGGUAUUUGAUUUAGGCUCUGCUUGGGAUCUCCAUUUAGUCACUAUGCUCUUGUGGAUUGUCUUGCGUCUUUUCCAAGCAAUUGAUGCUCAUUCCGGUUACGAUUUCCCUUGGUCUCUUUGUAAUUGGGUCCCCUUCUGGGCUGGUGCUGACCAUCACGAUUAUCAUCAUCAAGCUUUCAUUGGAAAUUACGCAUCAUCUUUCCGUAUUUGGGAUUACGUUUUCGGCACUGAUAAGAAAUAUCGUGCUUAUCGUAAGCGUCAAGCAGAAGAGAAGCGUAAAUUGAAGAUGAAAUAAUUACAUAAGAAAACAAUAGAUUGCAAUAAUAUUAAUACUAAUAACCCCCUCUUUUACUCUACAUAAUAAAAAAAUAACUACUGCAUAAUAAUUUUCUCCU